AUGGCCUUCCAAGUGGAAGACCGGAGGUUUGAUUUCUCGUAUUUGGUGCAGAGAGCCCCUCCAUCAGUUUGUGUUUCUAGAAGACACUUGGCUUUCUACACACCCUUCCAACUCCCCGAACUCCUGCCAGGCGUUUUGGGCCGUGUACACUUGGAUUCCUCAGCCGCUGGUGGCUUAGUGGUUGAAAAGGCUCCAAUUUUGAGAGCCAGAGGCAAGGAGAAGGAAGAAAGAGGGAAACCAAAACCAAACAGAAGCAAAACAGAAGACAAAGGAACAAAAAGAACUGCUCUUCAGGAAAUGAGUCUCCAGAUGCAGAGUUGGCAGGCAGCUUUGUCUUCGCAGCAGCUGCAUGCAAGACAAUGUCCAGACAUCGGCAUUCAUUUGAAAAAGCUGGACGAGGGAUUUUGCAAAUAUAAUCACAUUAAAGAUAUUGAGAUGAUUGAGUUCUCUGCAUCAUCGGGGUGGGCCCGCUGUAAAUAUGCAGUCCUUGCAAGCGGAAGGCCAGCAGGACUCUGCUUUUUGAGUGGGAAGUCUGUGGUAACCAGAGGCAGACUUUCUAUCCCGUCUCCGCCUCAGACCCCAAGAGGCACCUGUCACUGUGUCCCAUGCUGA